UUUUUGGCUGUAGUCUCAGUUUAUAUUUUCGAAUGGAAAGCAACACGGUUUGGUUUCUAUUAGAACAAUCCCUAGAUAGCACAGAUAACUUCUCUUGUUUGUUUUGAUUGCAAAUGUUCUCCCUUUAUCAUUCAGAUCCUGCUGAGAUAUCAUCAUUGUAUUAUUCACCAAAUCUUCUGCUGGUGGUUGUUUUUAUGGUUAUCUAAUGAAGUUUUCUAUGGACUCAGAGAGCUAUUGUGUUUGGACCUGAGAGUGCAUAGCAGUGAAGCGUUUGUGUGUGGAGUGCUUACUGAAAACUACUUUCUAGCAGAAAAAUGCAACCCUCAAAGAAUAAAAAUGUAGAAUAUUCAGAAGCUUUCUAUCGGCCUUCAUUAGCUGUUCAGAAGACCAGUGCUGAGAUCAUAAAUGAUGCACGGAAAGCACUUAGAACAUUAAGAACUCAAAGACCAUUUACACCAAGAGAGGAACAAAGGAAACUCUUUGGAUCUGCCUCUUCAAGAACACCUGAAAAUAGGCCACCGUCUGCUUUUAGCCUCCAUGCUUCCAGCUUUGAAUCAGUUGAAUCAAGACCUGUCUCUUGUGCACGCCUCAGCCCACUGGACCAUAAGCCAAAGCUGCUGUCAUCAACCAUAACUGACGAAGAGCAUCAGAUUUCCUCUGCUAAACCACCAGUGGAUUCAGAGGAGAUCAGAAAAGUCAGCAAUGCUCGUGCACGUUUGUUUAGGACUGCGUCUUAUGGCAAUCUUCUUCCUGAUAAAGUAUUUCUUCCCAACGCGAGUAAGAGGCUGAGUUUUGAAGAACAAGCUACCAUGAAUGAUACUUCAAGGAUAAGUAAUGAAAGUUUUUCACAAAAGCCAACUGAUCACUUGAGCGUUGAUGAGUGUCCCCUAGAUAAAGAACGUCAUAAUAAGACAGCAAGAGAAAAAGUGUAUUCACAAACGAUAGACAUAUCUCAACUCAGCAGUCAAAGUGACCAGCUUAAUAGACAGGACAGUCCUUUAAUAUGUCCAGACAACAUUGAAUGGACCAAGUCUGCAGCUAAGUCAGAAAAUUUGGGAGCAAGUGAGAUAGAAGAGGAAGAAAACUACUGGAAUAUGAAAAUUUUACCAAUUUUACAUGUAUUAGAGACUGAGGACAACAUAGAAAGCCUUUGCCAUGCCUGUACUGUUCUCUAUCAAGCCUUGGAAGAAGGAAAUAUGCUUGGCAAGCGAUGUAAAAGGCGAACGUUGUUUUUGAAGACUUUAUACAAAUUAGUCGACAUUCCUUCAGAUCCCCUUGGUCUGAUACUAGCAAAAAUUAUUCUGGGCCUGAAAGUGAGUGGGAAGAAUCUGCUUAAUGUUUGCAAACUGGUAUUUAAAAUAAGCAGAAAUGAAAAAAAUGAUUCCCUCAUUCAAAAUGACAAAAUAAUGGAUUCUCUGCUUGAAAUUCUGAGAACUGAAGACUUGCAAGCCAACACUGAGGCCUUUCUCUAUUGUAUGGGUGCAAUUAAAUUCAUAUCUGGAAAUGUGAAGCUUAUUAAUGAGAUGGUCAGCAAGGGAACUGUUGAGAUACUGCUGCAACUAAUGAAGCAGAUUAAUGAAAUUAAUGAAAAUGAUGCUCGAUUUUCCAGUUCAGGACACCUUUUAGUCCAGCUCACUGCCACUUUGCGAAACUUGGUUGACUUGCCCCAGUCAAGGUGCAAACUCCUAGACUAUGGAGCAAUUCCAGAGCUUUGUCUCAUGUUGGAGAAACGUAUGAGUGACAAAGAUGUAUGUACCAACGUGGCCAGAAUAUUCAGCAAACUUUCUUCCUUCAACGACUGCUGUACAGCUUUGGCAGAUUGCUCCAGAUGUUACGUCUUAUUUUUAGCCCUGCUAAACAAACACCCAAAGAAGCAGGAUUUAGUCGUCCGUAUCAUUUUCAUUCUUGGCAAUUUAACAGCAAAGAAUAAUCGGGCACGGGAACAAUUUCUUGAGGUGCAAGGAAGCAUUAAUACACUGAUAGUGCUUUUCCAAACUCAUUGUGAAGCUGACUCUAAUAGUAAACUGUGGAAAGAUGAUGGUGAAUUAAAAAAUCUCAAGCAUCCUUCUGAAGGAGAAGAUGUCCUCAUCAAACUCAUAAGAGUGAUUGCCAAUUUGUCCAUUCAUCCUAGUGUAGGUGCAAGUCUAGCAGCUAACCAUCACAUUGUGGCAUUACUUAUUACAGUACUAGAAUACAAAUCAGUCAAGGAAUGUGAGGAGCUGGUUAUUAACACCACAGCAACAAUCAACAAUUUAUCCUUCUACCAAGUGAAGAAUUCCGUAAUCCAGGAAAAGAAAUUAUAUAUUGCAGAGUUGCUUUUAAAACUCUUAAUGAGCAGUAAUAUGGAUGGAAUUCUGGAGGCUAUUCGAGUCUUUGGUAAUCUUUCUCAAUACCAUGAAAUCUGUGACUUCAUUAUACAGCGAAAGGUGUACAAGUUCAUGAUUGCUUUGCUCGAUGCCAAACACCAAGAUGUCUGCUUUUCGGCCUGUGGAGUUCUUCUCAACCUUACUGUGGAUAAAAGUAGGCGUAGUAUCCUGAAUGAAGGAGGAGGAAUUAAAAAGUUAAUCGAUUGUUUGAGAGACUUUGGGCCUACAGACUGGCAACUGGCUUGUUUGAUAUGCAAAACUUUGUGGAACUACAGUGAGAAUGUUACAAGUGCUGAACCCUGCUUUGAAGAGGAUGAUUCGAAUACCCUGGUGGUUGUCCUUGCAUCGUUUUUAGAUGAAGAAUUAGCUCUGGAUUACAAUUUUGACAGUGAUUUGAGAGAUUAUCACAAACUUUAUUGGGAAACAGAUUUCAAACCAGUGGCACAGAAGCUUCUUCAGAGAAUUCAGAAUUAAACCUCUUUCCUUGAACAUUUCACUUAUUACUUCACUUUAAGGUGGGUGUUAAGCAUAUCCGUAUAAAGACACUUCAGUGGCUGUUUAUGCAAACGGUUUGUCAUCAAAGCUUUUUAUAACAUGCUGUUUCCAUGGGAAAUGACUUUAAAGUAUAUUAUUCUUGUAUGUAGCUUGUACAUUCAUUGUAGAAUACCUUUUCUUAGAUUUCCAGUAUCAUUUAGGGUUAUAAAAAUAAACCAGCUACAGCAUCUGGA